AUGCCAUCACUCGCCACUGCCACACCUGCAGGUUUGGUCGCUCGAGGCGCCGCUCGCUCGGCAAAGAGCCUCAACAAUGUCGCCAAGAUCGCGUGCGCCACUCCGUCGCAGGCGCGCGGCCUCGCCACCGUCACCGACACGCCCGUGCGCUCGUUCGGUGGCCUGCGCGACCAGGACCGCAUCUUCCAGAACGCCUACAUGCGCCACGACCACGGCCUCAAGGGUGCCAAGGCGCGCGGUGACUGGCACCGCACCAAGGACAUCCUGCUCAAGGGCCACGACUGGAUCAUCCAGCAGAUGAAGGACUCGGGCAUGCGCGGCCGUGGUGGUGCCGGAUUCCCCUCGGGUCUCAAGUGGAGCUUCAUGAACAAGCCCGGCUGGGAGAAGGACCCGCGCCCGCGCUACCUCGUGAUCAACGCCGACGAGGGCGAGCCCGGUACUUGCAAGGACCGCGAGAUCAUGCGCGGUGACCCGCACAAGCUCAUCGAGGGCUGCCUCGUCGCCGGCCGCGCCAUGAACGCCAACGCCGCCUACAUCUACGUGCGCGGUGAGUUCUACCUCGAGGUGGCGCACCUGCAGCACGCCAUCAAGGAGGCGUACGCCGACGGCCUCAUCGGCAAGAACGCGUGCGGAUCGGGCUACGACUUUGACGUCUAUGUGCACAAGGGUGCCGGCGCGUACAUCUGCGGCGAGGAGACCGCGCUCAUCGAGUCGCUCGAGGGCAAGCAGGGCAAGCCGCGUUUGAAGCCGCCCUUCCCCGCCGACGUGGGUGUGUUUGGCUGCCCCACCACCGUGGCCAACGUGGAGACGGUCGCUGCGGCGCCCACCAUCAUCCGCCGCGGACCGACGUGGUUCGCCGGCUUUGGCCGUGACAAGAACCAGGGCACCAAGCUGUUCGCCAUCUCGGGCCACGUGAACAACCCGUGUGUGGUGGAGGAGGAGAUGUCGAUUCCGCUCAAGGAGCUCAUCGAGCGUCACUGCGGUGGCGUGCGCGGAGGCUGGGACAACCUGCUGGGUAUUGUGCCCGGUGGAUCGUCGGUACCCAUUCUGCCCAAGCACAAGUGCGAGGAGGUGCUGAUGGACUUUGACUCGCUGCGCGAGAACCAGUCUUCGCUGGGCACGGGCGCGGUGAUUGUGAUGGACAAGACCACGGAUGUUGUGCAGGCGAUCUCGCGCUUCGCCAAGUUCUACAAGCACGAGUCGUGCGGCCAGUGCACGCCGUGCCGCGAGGGCACCACCUGGCUGGCCAACAUGAUGGAGCGCUUCGAGGAGGGACGCGGCAACAACCGCGAGAUCGACAUGAUCUACGAGCUCACCAAGCAGAUGGAGGGCCACACGAUCUGUGCGCUCGCCGAUGCGGCCGCGUGGCCGAUCCAGGGUCUGCUGCGCUGGUUCCGCCCCGAGAUCGAGGAGCGCAUGCGUCUGUACCAGGAGAAGAACGGCCCCGUGCUCGUCGGCGGCAGAAGGCUCAAGGACAUGGACCCGGACUAUGCCUUCCCUGCCAACAUGGGCACCCCGCUCUCGCCCAAGGCGCUCACCCAGUAA